ACUCAUUUCAACGUCAAUUUUGUUUCAGCUACAUUAGAGAUGUCCGUGCAUCCUCAAGACGGUCUACGCCAUGCAAAGCCACAUCCAUCCAUCCAUGCAUCCAUCCAUCGGCGCAGUCCCACUGCAUUGCAGUGCAAAUCAUCAUGAUACACGGACCAGAAAAUGACGGUCCUCAAAGGGAGAGACGCGUCCAUCCCUCCCACAGGCACACAGACACUGACGGGUGGACGGUUCACUCGGAUUUCUUCUUCGGCUCGUCGUCUUCGUCGGGUGGGGUGAGGGGAGGCGACGCGCGGCUCUCGGCUGUCGACGGCAGAGACGCCUGCGAGAUGGACGGAAGAGAGAGCCAACACAGGCAAGUGCGUGAAGCGGCAUCGUCUGUUUUCUGUGUAGGUGCACUGCCCACGUACCGGCGAGUUAUCUGCGUUGGGGUCGAAGGGCUGGGCCGAGUCGAUGCUCUCGACAAUGAAGUUGUGGUUCGUGCCGAUGUCCAUGUCUGUCCAGGCACACACGUGCCAUGACGACGCGAUGAACGAUGACGGAUUCAUACGCACGAGGCAGCCCCCCUGUGUCUGUCUGUCUGUCUGUGUUCACCGCUGCGUACCAGCAGCGAUGUGCAUGGCCUUGAGUGCGAUGUCCUUGGCCGGCAGGUCCACCUUGGCAUCGAUCAACGCACGAGCAGCAGCUGCACACACAACAUACACACGCGUGUUUGAGAGCACCGACGAAUGCCUGGUGGUGACCUCACCGAGAGCGUAGUUGCCGCCAGACCCGACACCUAACACAAGCAGUGGACGGCGGCAGAAAAGCAUCUCAGCGUGUUGAUCUUUUACAUUUCACUCGCUCACCGAGUAUGCCGUCAUGGCUCUCGAGGACGUCGCCGUUCCCCGUCACCUCCAGUGACAGCUUCUCGUCGGCAACUAUCAUCACCGCCUGCAGCAGUCCCACGCGAUGCACGCAGAGGAUAGGAUGGAUUCAUCUCGCUCCGCGCACCUCUAGGUUUCUGAGGUAUCGGUCCAGACGCCACGCCUUGGCCAGCUCAACGCAGGCGCGCAACAACUGACCUGAUCGAUCGAGGCACAGCAGAAGAAGCACAUGAAAUGUACGGCAUGGCGCUGCGUGCAUGUGUUCAUCCCUCAGUACCGGGGUACUCUUCGAGUUUGCCCUCCAGCCUGUCAACAAGCGUCAAACAAUCCGCCGUCGCACCUGCAGGCCACAAGACACACAGGCACCAACCACCGUCAAACAUGAGCUCGACCGAGCUGCCGUCGACUCGUACCGACCUGCGAAUCCCGCGAUGACGUUGCUCUGCAGCUUGCGGAGUUUGCGUGCAUUGGGCUUGAUGAUGGUGUUGCCCUGCGUCACCUGACCAUCACCAACCAUCGCCUGCAGACACGCCACGCCAAGACGAGGCAAGGAGGCAACACGACAAACCAACACACCAACCAGUGCGAUCAUUAUCAGCAGCAGCCUUCAGCACAUCAUUCUGUUGGUAUCCACGCACCACUUGAUUGCCUUUGCGGACGCAGAGGAUGGUCGUGGCGUGUCGCGGCUCCAGCGGUCCAUGGCCGCCAGAUCCGGCAUGAAACUGGUAGCCCUGAGGCGGAUAGCCGUAGCUGGGCCCUCUCCAGUGCGAGUAGCCACGGACACACUGCACACACAGGCAGACAAGACAGCGAGAUCUGCGUGACCUUGUCAGCAAGUGAGAUUGUCUUGACGAAGCGACCCACCUGUGAGAGAGGCCGCCCUGCAAGAGAGGUAAAGCUCGUCAGAGGCUUCAUCGCUGUCUUCAUU